GGCCCUGAGCUUCUGAUGAAGAGAGAAUGAAAGUGAAGUUCAGAUUUCAGUCAAAACAGUCAGCCAGCCCGAGAAUGCUCCUGUUCCUGGUACUGCAGGGGGUGGCCGUGGGCUUGGGCACCCCCGCUCCCCAGAGGAGCCAGGACACUCUGGCUGCCCUCACAACCCUCCCCAAGGUAGAGUGCUGGGUCUUCAAUGUGGAAUUUAUGAAUUGUACCUGGGAUAGUAGCUCUGGACCCCAGUCUACCAACUUGACCCUCUACUACUGGUACAGGGAUCCACCCAAGGAGUGUAGCCACUACUUGUUUACCGGGGCCCUCACUUCAGGCUGUUGGUUUGGCAGCAAGGAUAUUCAUAUCUAUGAAAACUUCAACGUGGAACUCCGGGCUCCUGGUAGACAUUUCAAGCAGGAAAUGAAACUUCAGGAUUUGGUGAUCCCUUGGGCUCCUGACAACUUGACAGUGUACAGUGAGAAUGACUCACAGCUGGAGCUCCACUGGACCAGCAGUUACAAGGCUACGUGCCUGCAGCACCUGGUACAAUAUAGGAGUAACAUUGACUCCGAUUGGAUGGAACAAUACGUACACCAGAGGCAGCAGUUCGGCUUGCCCAGUGUAGACGAGCACAAACUUUACAAGUUCCGGGUCCGAAGCCGCUUCAGUCCUUACUGUGGCAAUGCCCAGCAGUGGAGUCAGUGGAGCCCCACGGUCCUCUGGGGGGGCAGAAGUCCGAGGGAGCAGCCCUCCCUGCCCAUGCUGGAGACCGUGUUGGUGCCCCUCGGCCUUCUGAUUGGCUUCAUCCUUCUCAUCACCAUGCUCACGCGGCUGGAGCGGGUGUGGGUGAUCCUGAUGCCCCGAAUCCCCAACCUCAAGAGCCUAGAUGAUUUGUUUACCACGCACCAGGGGAACUUCUCGACUUGGAGCGGUGUGUCCAAGGGGCUGGCCGAAAGUCUGCAGCCAGACUACACUGAGAAGCUCUGUCACGUGAGUGAGCUCCCCCCGAAGGCAGGAGCCCAAGCCGAAGGGCCCGGGGACUCCCCAUGCAGCCAGCACAGCCCUUAUUGGGCCCCUCCGCCAAGCUACAGCCCGGACCCUGAACCCUGAGGCGGGAUUCGCAGACCCCGGCGGUCACCGGCCAGGCUCUGGCCUGGGGAGGAUGUUCUUUCCCUCCUCCUGCCGCGUCUCCUCUUUGGGAGCUCCCCUCUCUGUCCUGGCUGUCCUGAACCCUGCCCCCCCCCCAGCUCUUCCUCUAGGGGUUCUACCUCUCUCCUCCCUGCUAUUGCCGGAUCAAUAAAAAAAUAAUAAUAAAGUUUCAGUUCAUGAGAAA